GCGGCAGCCUCCUCCGUCUCCCUGUCGGCGGGCCGGCAUGAGGGCGCGACGGGGCGCCGCUGCCCCGCGAGACCCGCCGCCGGGGGGCCCGAGCGCGGAGUACGUGGUCGGGCAGGUGGUCAACAGCCUGUUCCCCGGCGAGGCAGCGGCGCGGCCGCUCGCGCGGCUCUUCAGCGGCGCCGCGGCGCCGCCGGUGCUGGUGGCCGUGCCCAGGGAAAAUAAGAAGAGAAAGCAUACAGAAGAUGCGGAGAAAGUGUCAGAGGAUCACAGCUCAUCUAUCAGACAAGAACUUCCUGUAAGUGUGAAGAAGGCUAAAAAGAAGGAACUUUCAAAAGCAGAGAAAAAAUUGGCAAACAGGGAGAGUGCUUUGGAACAGGCAGAUGAAGAAGAGGAACGAAAAGAGUUUGAAAGCAAAAAGAAGCAAAAAACACGAACUUCUCAUGCUGUCACCAAAUGUGUGGUUAAUUCAGAUACAGAUAUUACAGUAAAACAACAAAAGAAAAGAAAUGAAGCUGAGGAAAUGAUAAAAAACAGAAGAACAGUCUUUGUUGGAAAUCUGCCUGUCAACUGUACUGCUCAGAUGCUGAAGUCUCUUUUUAAAGAAUAUGGCCAAAUAGAAUCCAUUCGAUUCCGUUCUGUGGUUCCAGCAGAAGAUACUUUAUCCAAAAAAUUAGCAGCCAUAAAGCGUAAGGUACACCCUAACAUGAAGUACAUCAAUGCUUAUGUUGUUUUUAAGGAAGAAUGUGAUGCCGUUAAGGCUCUAAAAAAAAAUGGAACACAAAUUGCAAGUGGAUUUCAUAUCAGAGUUGACCUUGCAUCGAAAAACAGUUCACAUGACAAUAAACGAUCUAUAUUCUUGGGAAAUCUCUCAUAUGACAUCAGUGAUGAUGCUGUGCGAGAACACUUUUCUGACUGUGGAGAUGUAGUAGCAGUGCGAAUUGUGAGAGACAGACAGACUGGCAUGGGCAAAGGCUUUGGCUAUAUUCUCUUUGAGAGUACGGAUGCUGUACACCUUGCUCUGAAACUCAACAACUCUGAUCUAAUGGGAAGAAAGCUGCGAGUGAAGCAUUGUGUUGAGAAGGGGAAAGCACAGCAGAAAAAUUCAAAUCAGUCUCGUCCUAAGGACAGAGUUGAUGCCUCAUUAAAAAACAAAAGAUACUCCAAUGAUUCAUUUAUUGGUGAAAAAGCAACUCCACUAAAAAAGAGCACUAAAACAAAAAGACUAAAAAGUAUUACUAAAAAGAAAGUUGGGAAAAACAAAUAGUUUUUUGACAGAGCUAACUGAAAUAUGUAAAAAUGUUGAUAUUUUUAAUAAAAUCUUUGAAUACAACA